AUGAUUCAAAUUUUUAUUUUCAAGAUUAUUCCGCAUCAUUAUUCAUCCCAAGGUAAAAAUACAAAAGAUGCGUUCAAUAACAUUCAAGUGGUUAUCAUGGUCUCCUCAAGUUCAUUCAAGUACUCAUUUAAGCUCAAAUUGAAUGAGGGAAAUGUUUUUGAAUUAUUGGGAAUUUGUCAUGCAAGAAUUUACAAGGUUUUGUUCAUUACAAAUUCAAGUCAUUACACCAAAGCUACACAAUGCAUCUCAUUCAAUAAAAAACAGAGCAUACUGCAAGACUUAUUCAAAGGGGAAAUUAAAAGGAUUCCAUAUGCUACAAAACCGGUUCAGCCUUGCACCUAUGCACAAAACCAAGCUAGCUUCAUUACAAAGUAG